AGGUGACGUGUGUCGUCCUUUAUUUGGACUGAAUCUCCUGAUGUUUGCAUCACUCAUGUGAACGAGUGACAAGUGUCUGAAUCUAAAAGUCGCUGCUGCUCAUUAGUUCAUCGUCAGAUAUUCACACAGUCUCUGGUCGACGGGGGAAAGUCGGUGCUGAUGGAUAUUUUCUCUACAUGCAACUAGCACAUGACGACAGAGGAGACAUGUCACUGAGGGGAAGUGAUCCACAGGAAGUAAACACCACAUUGCACUUUUUACUAAGAACCGAGAAGCAGAGAAGAGAGAGAAGAAGAAUGGAUGAAAUCAAACGGAUUAAAAUGUCUUUACAUCUGCUACUGGUGCUGAUUCCAUUUACAGAGCUCGCUGUCCAAUAUUCCUACAUCAUCAUCAGAACUGGAGCUGAAGUCACUUUGUCUUGUGGAAAUGUGAGAGAUGAUCAUGUGAACUGUGGAGCUACUGAGUGGCUCUUCAGUGAUUCAGAGAGGACUGGAUCAGUAGAACUGUUUGUAAACAGGCAGCUCGACACAUCUGUGAUUUCCAAAUCUAAAGCAGACAGACCACGUCUUGCUGCAAACUGUUCUCUGGUUAUUAGUGAGGUCACAGCUGAAGAUGCUGGUGAAUACGUCUGCAGACCGUCUGACCUGACAACACAAACAUAUGAACAUCAUGUGUUUAUUAUGUCUGUUGUCAAUGUGACUGAGCAGAAGAGAAGUGAUGAGGUGACGUUGAGCUGCUCUGUGUCACCAUGUAGUAACUGUGACCUCACAGUGAAGUGGCUGUUUAUGAAUAAAGAUGUGACUGAAAACAACAAAGACCUGAAGACAUCACAGUCUCACCGCUCGGCCACUGUGAGCUUCUCAAAAUCCCAUUUUGUUCACAAGAUGAAGAACUAUAGCUCAUUAACAUGUAAAGUGAAGCAGGGUGACAAAGAGGAAAAGUUUUCCUUCAUCCCUCCGUCAUCAGAAGGAAAGAACGAACCAGCUCCAGGAAACAAUGAGAUGACAACAGACUGGUGGAGGUACAUUCGUCUGGUUGUAGGUUUUGCCACAAUCGUAAUAUUGGCUGUGAUUCUCAUCAGAUGGAGAAGAAACAAAGACACCCAGAUGAACGCAGAUGAAAACAGAACCUUCUCUGUGGAGGAGACGAGAGGUUUUGAUGAACCUGACUCUUCUCUCUGCGAGGCCGACUCUUCUGUUCCUGUCGUCUCAGGGAACAAAACACAGACGCACAAACACACGGUCGACCCUGCAGAGGAUGUGUUCUACUCCUCCAUCAGCCACUCCCCUCACAGCACGGCCCAGAUCCAGGGUGGUGAUGAUGCAGUGACCUACAGCACUGUGAAAGCUCCCUCCUCUUCUCCUGGACCCUCAGCUGAUCCCAGCAGCCUCUAUGCCACCGUCACGUUCAAUCAAUAGAGACAUGGAGAGACUCGUCCUGGUGAUUCCUCCGCACAGCAUCAGUAUCAAUGUUUCUCACCAAAGCAACAAGCUGUGUCUUUCCACUGACGUCUGUCCAUUCAUCCAGCUGCAGUGAAAAUGCUUCAGCAAGUUUUUACACAACUUCAUCAACAAUGUCUGUUCCAUCGUUUCUAUUCUGCAGCAAAGUGUCAUUUGUCAAAGGUCCAGUUUAGAACUGAUCUGCUGUGUUUGUGUCCAGCAUCGUCUCGGUCAGUACAGCAGCAGCUGGAAGUAGCAGGUCCUCAGCUGUGGUGAAAGGCCUUUUGGCUUCAUGAGAAGCCUCCAGUGCUGUGGCUGAUGUUCUGGAGACUUUUCACAUCGUUUCUUGUGAAACUAUGAAGUCAGACUGUUUCUUCUUGAGAAACUCUGGUGUGUUACCGACAUGACACUGAUGUGUUGUGUUGAGAUGUCGCUGCAGCUGCUCUGGCUUCAUGCAACUGUUUGAUAACUAAUCCCAUUAAAACAUACUCUUCAUGAUACUGGU